AUGGAGACCAUAAAAUCCACCAUCGCCGAGAACAUCGGCCUGGGCGGCAAAUCGCACGAGUUGGCCGCUAAAGGCGACCAAUUCGACAUCAAGAAGGACGUGCCCGACUUAUCUGGCAAAGUCGCCUUGAUCACCGGCGGCAGCGAAGGCAUCGGGUACGCCACGGCCUUCACACUCUUACAAGCCAACAUCGCCAAAGUCUUCAUCUUGUCCUUGUCCGAAGACGUCAAGGACAACGCCGUGGAGGAAGUCAAGACGAAGCUGGGCGCCGACUACGCCGACAGGAUCGUCUGGUUCCAAUGCGACACGUCCGACUUCAGCGCCGUCGCUGACGUCGCGAAGAAAGUGCGUGACCAGACGGACCGACUCGACAUCUACUGCCAGAACGCCGGGCGGGGAAUCAUGACGUACCAACUGACAGAGUCCGGCAUCGACAGACACAUGGCCGUCAACCACAUCGGCCACGUCGUACUGACGUCGCAUCUACUCCCGCUGCUCAAGAAGACCAGCGAGAAAUGCACCGUCAGGAUCCAGAUCCAAGCAUCGAACGCGCACCAGGGAGCCCCCAGCGACGUGAAAUUCGAGUCGCUGGACGAACUCAACACCGAUCUGGGCCCGAACGGACAAUAUGGGCGCUCGAAGCUCGCUGGAAUCCUGUACGCACGCUAUCUGACGGCACAUCUGCACAAGGAGCACCCGAACAUUCUGAUCAACGCGACACACCCGGGAUUCGUCGAGACCACCAUGUCGACCAAGGAUAUUCAUGAGCCGUAUCCUGUGCUCGGCUAUGCGAUGGACGUGGGCAUGAAGCCCCUGAAGAAGGAUAUCUGGGUCGGUUGUGUGAGUACCGUUUUCGCCGCUACGGCCGCCAGUAAAUCUGGCAUGUAUAUCUGCCCUCCAGCGAUUGAAGAGCCCGGCAGUGAACAGUCGCAAGAUGCCCAGUUGGGCGAGCGUUUGAUGAAGUUGACUAGGGAUAUUGUCAGGCAGAAAUUUGCGGCGCAGAGUGUUGACAAGGGAUGUCCUCUGAAAGAUUAUUAA